CGUCCUCCUCCUCCCGCGCAAGAGACCGAACCCCGCGAGCGACGAUCUCCGCGAUUCCAUCCCUCCUUUUCUUCUUCGAUUUCUUCGAUUGAUUUGGUGCUUAAUAUGUUUUUUUAAUUCGUUUUGAUGUUCUGGUUGUGGUGAUCCUAGCUUUUCUCUCUUUGAGAUCGGUUUCAUUGGUUGUUUGUUUGAGAAUUUCGGUUUGGAUUCGGCCGUUGAAGCUACGGCCGCCGGUGGCCGCGCCGGCGGAUGGCAUUGUUUAGGAGGCUUUUCUAUAGGAAGCCCCCGGAUCGGCUUCUCGAGAUCUCCGAUCGUGUCUACUUGUUCGACUGCUGCUUUUCAACAGAAAUCUUCGGAGAGUGCGAGUAUAAGGAUUACUUAAAGGGAAUCGUAGCUGAACUUCGGGAUUACUUUCCUGAAGCCACAUUUGUGGUAUUUAACUUCAGGGAAGGUGAUAAGAGGAGCUUCAUAUCUGAAAUUUUGUCGAAUUACAGUAUCCAAGUUGUGGAGUACCCUUGCCAAUAUGAAGGAUCUCCUUUGCUACCUUUCAAGACAAUUUACCAGUUUUUGAUGUCGAGCGAUAGAUUGUUAUCACCAGCAGGCCAGCAGAAUGUGUUGUUAAUGCAUUGUGAGAGAGGAGGAUGGCCUGUGCUUGCAUUUGUGCUAGCAGGCCUUUUGCUUUACAGGAAGCAGUACAAUGGAGAGCAAAAGAUUCUGGAGAUGGUUUACAAGCAAGCCCCGGAAGAGCUCCUCCACCUCCUGUCCCCUGUGGAUCCACAGCCUUCUCAUCUGAGAUAUCUUCAGUACAUAUCUGAAUUUGGGAACGGCCUUGAAUGGCCUGCUCAGGGCUUACUCACUUUGGAAUGCUUAAUUCUCAGAGUGCUUCCAGAUUUUGAUGGAGGAGGCUGUAGACCAGUUGUUCGUGUUUAUGGUCAAGACCCUGAGGCCUCUGAUUUUGAGAGUUCUAAGGUUCUUUUCUCAACACCAAAGACAAAGGAACAUGUUCGGUUAUACAGCCAGGCAGAAAAUAAGCUGAUAGAGAUCAAUGUCCAGUGCUGUGUUCAAGGGGAUGUUAUCCUUGAAUGUAUUCAUAUGGAUGAAGCUCUGGAACAUGAGGAGGUGAUGUUCCGUGUCAUGUUCAACACAGCAUUUGUUAAAUCCAAAGCCUUGCUUCUGAACCAUGAUGAGAUUGAUGUUGCUUGGAAUGCAAAAGAUAUGUUUAGAGAGGACUUCAAAGUUGAGGUACUCUUUUCAGACUUUGACGUUGAGUCCAAAAUGACCACAGAAGCAUCAGUUGGAUAUGAGGAUGAAUUUGAUGAUGGAGAUGAUGACUCCGAUGCUGGUUCUACUGAGGAGUUCUUUGAGGCAGAAGAGAUUUUCAGCAUGGCAGAGUCUGGAAGUCCCAGAUCUGAUAUAUCAAUUAUGGACCUUGAAGUAGCAAGGAGCAGAUUAGAAAUCACCAGUAAUUCAAUACAGGCUUUGAAGAGAAUUAAUACCCAUGGAACUACUAAUAUCGAUGAUGCAGGUGCAGAGUUUGGAACACCAGUAGCUGAUCAGGUGGAUAGAAUAUUUGGAAUAAACAAUUCUAGAUUUGAUGAAAAACUUGUUACCAGAAGAAUCACUCUUCUGGAUGAAAUGAUUAUUAAAGAAGAGAUUGCAGCAAUUGCAUCUGGGACUAGUGCAGAGUGCAAUUUCAAACUAGAUGAAGAUAGCAUUCCUGAUAUAGAAGUUGAAGAAAUGGUUAUAUCAGAAGCCAACAGCAAGACAAGUCCCUUUGUUGAUUUCAGUCACAGUUUAAAAGCUCCAAAUCAGGUUGAUGAGCUGAAUAACAUAUCAGAAAGUAGAAUCUCACAACAGAGUACAAGUACAGGGAAUGAUUGUGUUGUUGCAGAGAGUUACAGUGAUGAACUAAAUUCCAGAUCAGAAAACAUAAUGCCCCAGCAGAAUGCAGAACAUGAUUCUAUUGUGAAGAGCUCUACCGUCGGUGGACUGAGUCAUAUGCCAAGUAUUUAUAACAUGCAAUGUGAAAUGAAACUUAAAGUUGAAACUGGAGGUUGUGAAAAGAAUAUAGAGUCUAGUGCUAUUCAGAAUGAUGAAGGUGCUGUGAGCCAAGUUAAGAAGACAGAAGUUGGCCUUGAAAAACAGGUGAUUGAUAUUAACAAGUUAUCAUCACCAGCGUCAAACACAGAAAACAUGGAGCUGCAUGAUCAUCCUGUGGAAUCUGAAGAGAAGACAAAGAGAAUGAUAAUGCAUCAAUGUGAUUCUUCAAGCAAAUUUUCUGAUGGUACUACCACUCAUGUCCAACCUGCUACAGAGGCUUCUCUGGUAGCUGAAAAUAAAUAUACAAGUGAAGAAGCUGCAGAGUUGAAGUCAAGUAUGCACUCACUUUCUUCAUUGCAUGCUCCUGCUCCUGCUCCUCCUCCACCACCACCACCACCACCACCAUUGCAUUCCUUCCCAUCUUUGCCUCCAACUACAUCCAAUACCAUCAAAUCCAUUCCGCAGCCAUCCUCACCGAAAACUAAUUGGCAGUCAAUUUCGCCAUCUUUGCAAUUGCAGCUAGAAGCAUCUUCCUCAACCAAUCAUGUCCCUGUUUCACCAACUUCCGGCAUUCCUCCCCCUCCACCACCACCACCACCACCACCACCUUCAUCCAAACAUCUUGCUAGUGCCUCUUCUUCCUUACUGUUUCCAAGCAAUAAUCCUGCAGCAUUACAUCCACCCUCUUCUUUUGUAUCACAUGUGGUAUCUUCAGUUCCACCUUCAACUCCUUCACUUAUUGGUACAGGAGCUCCAUCUUCAAUCAUCCACCAUCAUUCUCCACCUCCACCUCCACCUCCUCUUGGUGUGCAUAGUGAUAAUCCAACUCAAUCUCAUCCCUCAGGUGGGGUUAAAGGAACUUUCCUACCACCGCUACCGCCACCACCACCUCCUCCUUCUCAAGUGCCAUCUCUUCUUGGAGGGUUUGGAGGAGCUCCACUCUUAUCUUCCAGUAGUCAUGGAGGACCUAUACCUCCAUCUCCUCCUCCUCCGCCUCCACCUUCAUCACAUUCCUUUAGUGAAUAUAGUGUGUCUUCAUCUUCUCCCUCACCUGGUAUUCAACAUGAAAGGUUACCAUCAUUGCCACCACCACCCCCAUCUAGUGAUCAUAGGGGCCCCUCAUCUUCACCUUUCCUUCAACCAAUUCCUUCUAGUGGGCAUGAAGAACCUUCUUUACCAACUUCUCAUUCGGAAAAGUUUCUAGAACAUCCACCUCCACCACCACCACUUGAUCCCGGUGGUCGUCAAAGACCUCCAUCUUCUCCACCUUACUCUAAAAGGCAUGAAACACCACCACCACCAUUACCACCUGUUCCUGGUGGUCGUGAAGGACCUCCAUCUUUUCCUCCUUUCUCCAGCGAGCAUAAAACAUCAGCACCACCACCUCCUCCUCCUCCCCCUGGGAGGUUAGGAGGUACUUCAUUGUCACCUCCAGCUCCUAGUGCUUGUGGAGGGCCUCCACCUCCACCACCUCCCCCUAGUAAGCCUGGUGGUCUUCCCUCUCCACCACCUCCACCACCUCUCCCUGGUAGGUCCGAGGGUCUUCCAUCUCCACCUCCUCCACCACCUCUCCCUAGCAGGCCCGGGAAUCCUUCGUUACCACCUUCCCUUGGAGGGCAUGGAGGACCUCCACCUCCAUCACCACCUCCUCCCCCUGGUGGUUAUGGUGGGCCUCCAGCUCCACCACCACCUCCUCCUCCUGGUGGUCAUAGAGGAGGACCUCCACCUCCACAACCUCCAUCUGGUGGCCACAGGGGUCCUCCAUUGCCACCACCUCCCCCUGGCGGGCGUGGGGGUUCUCCAUUACCACCACCUCCUCCUCCUAGGGGUCAUGGGGGACCUCCACCACCGCCACCGCCACUUGGAUCAUCAAUGCCUAUUCCCCCACCUCCUGGUGUUCCUGGUGCUCCUCCACCUCCUUUAUCGGCUCAAGGAAAUAGAAAAGGUUUAUCGCCAAGUCCACUUGCUGUGGGAAGGGGGCAUGGGCUUGCACGUCCAGCAAGCACUGGUGCUAUGGCAUCACCCCGCAAGUCACCUUUGAAGCCGCUGCAUUGGGUUAAAGUUACAAGGGCAAUGCAAGGAAGCUUGUGGGCAGAAUUACAAAAGCAUGGUGAUGCUCAAAGCAACUCAGAAUUUGAUGUAUCAGAACUUGAGAAACUUUUUCCUGCAGUUGUUCCAAAAUCAAAUGCUGGCUCUAAAUCUGAUGGACGUCGCAAAUCUGUUGGAUCGAAAUCUGAUAGAGUCCACCUGAUUGACCUAAGGCGAGCUAAUAACACCGAGAUAAUGCUGACAAAAGUCAAGAUGCCACUGCCUGAUAUGAUGUCUGCUGCUCUGGCAAUGGAUGAGUCCAUUUUAGAUGUUGAUCAAGUGGAAAAUCUGAUAAAGUUCUGCCCGACAAAGGAAGAGAUGGAGCUUCUUAAGAAUUUCAAUGGGGACAAGGAAAGUCUUGGAAAAUGUGAGCAGUUUUUUCUGGAGUUGAUGAAAGUUCCACGGAUGGAGUCCAAGCUAAGAGUAUUUUCUUUUAAAAUUCAGUUUAAUGCGCAGAUUUCAGAUGUUAGGAAGUAUCUGAACAUUGUCAACUCUGCAUGUGAAGAGAUCCGCAAUUCUAGCAAAUUGAAGGAGGUCAUGAAGAAGAUAUUAUAUCUCGGGAAUACUCUGAACCAAGGAACUGCAAGAGGUUCAGCUGUUGGGUUUCGUUUAGACAGCCUGCUAAAACUUACAGAUACCCGAGCUACAAAUAAUAGAAUGACUUUGAUGCAUUAUUUGUGUAAGGUCCUUGCUACAAGGUCACCAAAUCUUCUGGACUUUUAUGAGGAUCUUAUCAGCUUGGAAGCUGCAUCGAAGGUACAGUUGAAGGUUUUAGCGGAGGAAAUGCAGGCUACUGUCAAAGGAUUAGAGAGGGUUGAGUUGGAGCAGGCUGCUUCAGAAAAUGAUGGUCCGGUAUCAGAAGUUUUUAGGAAGACUCUGAAGGAGUUUGUUGCUAUGUCCGGAGCUGAAGUGAGAACCCUAACUUCAACAUAUUCAUCAGUGGGUAAAAAUGCAGAUGCGCUUGCUCUGUACUUUGGUGAAGAUCCUGCACGAUGUCCCUUUGAACAAGUUAUCACCACUCUUUUGAAUUUUGUACGGUUAUUCCGGAAGGCACACGACGAAAACUGCAAGCAGGCAGAACUAGAUAAGAAGAAAGCCGAGAAAGAGGCAGAGAUGGAAAAAUCCAAACCUUUAGAGCCUAUAGAACCUAGUGAUCCAGACCCAUAUUUUUAUCAAAAUGGCAAGAUUCUGCAUGGUAUCAAGAAUUCGGACAGUGUAAAUCAAGGCUGAUCUUUUGUUGAAAGAAGUCAUUGUACAGUCAAAUCUAGGCGAAGGUUUUCUGCAACAAUUGUUGUUCAUUACUGCAUUCUGUUCGGCCGGUGGUUCUGUAUACUUCUUCCAUUGUACAUAGCUAACCUUAUGAUUAGUUCACCCAUUUUUGUAUAAUUCUAAUUUCAGUUUCGUCGUUCCACAUCGAUGUUUCCUUCGUUAGAUAUCAAAAAAGA